AUGUUAAGCAUGGCAUAUUGUAAUCCGUCCGAAAUGGAUUUUCUAGAAACCGUGUCUAUGGACUCCCACGACAUCCAUAGUGAAAUGGAGAAAAUUCUGUCAAACGCAAACACCGAGUUUCUAAACAACAGUGACAAUAGCAACCAUGCAAACAGUGCUUUUGAUUUAGAUGCCACCGGACCAGGUUCCAUAGACGAAUGGAUACAAGCUAUACAUUGGAAUGAUGUGGCAAAAGUUCACAGUGUCAUGGACUCAUCAUUUGAUAUGGACAAUAAUAAUCCAAAUUUAGUUGUCAAUCCUCAGUCAGUGAUGCCAAUAGUAGUAGGACCGGUCCACAGCUCUCCAAAGGAGGCCGCCUUUUCACAGAUUGACACACAGACAGAACCAAACUCCACAGCUGUGAAUUUACAAGGCUCAGUGUAUGGCUCGGAAGCCCUUGGACUGAAAAUAGAAAAUGUGAUUAGUCUCAAUCCCCAAUUCAAUGAAAAAAACAACAACCAUUUAGGAGCAACAGGCAAUUCUCCACUAAGACAGAACUUUGUGUCAAUACAGGCUCCCAGCAGAAUGACAAAGUCUGUCACUGUGUCCGUUUCUAAAGGUGCCGUGUCAUCAGUCAAGAAGAUGGCACGGCACGAAAAAGUGUUUCCCAAACCCAUGUAUUCGUAUAGUUGUCUGAUCGCCCUGGCUUUAAAGAACAGUCGACAUGGAAGUCUACCUGUCAGUGAAAUUUACAAUUUCAUGACAGAACAUUUCCCAUACUUUAAAACAGCUCCAGAUGGAUGGAAGAACUCUGUUCGACAUAACCUGUCAUUAAACAAAUGUUUCGAGAAAGUGGAUUCGCCCAAACUGAAUGGAAAUACGAAGAAAGGAUGCUUGUGGGCACUUAAUCCAGCCAAGAUUCUUAAGAUGGAAGACGAACUUGCAAAACACAAGAAAAAAGACCUAGAUUCCAUUCUAAAGAGCAUGUCACACCCAGACAAGCUGGAGUUGAUUGAGGCUGGGAAGGCAGGACCAGUGGGGUCGAAAAGGGAAGACGUUUCCUCCCCAAAACAGCCCAUCAUAGAGGAGAAGAAAGACUUCCUAGCAACAGAUGUUGACAUUCUGGAGAAUGGCAUGGGGCUGGAACAGGAACUGCCAGAGAUUAAUUUCCAGACCUCUGGUAUUUGGGAUGACAUUCGGAUUGAUUCUGUGACGUCACCCUCUACAACACAAGUCCUCACCCUUAGUGCUGCCCCCUUGUCGGGCCCCGCUACCGUAGCAGGAAAUGGGAGUAUCUAUGGAAUCCUGACCUGCUCCAGUCCCAUGAACACCCUGAAUUCCAGCUUGACCCAGAGCAGUUAGAUACCGUCCAGUUGUCUAGUCUCUGCCAUGUUUAGAACAUUCCAGCCAACCCACCCUGUCUGUGUGUCUGUCUCUGUUGAUUUUAGAAACUCUAAACCCUUUAUCACGUUAAGUGUUUCUUGGAUGUUUAGCAUGCAUCCAGAGGAUCCUUUUCCCCUACUGUCAUAUUGCAUAUUUAACCUGUACAUAUGAAGAAAGUGAAUUUGAACUGUGUUACUAAUUUCACUUCUUGUUUUGAUGUGAAUGUAUCGAUUGUUCCACUAUGCAGUUGGUGCAACAAGCCACAAUGUGUUCAGAUAGAAUAUUCCUAGAUUUCUACAAAUCUAGCAGCCAUGAUAUUUACAGUUUUAUACAUAUCAGUGUGACUGUUAACUUCUGCUUGUCCAAUUUAACAGGUUCAUUUUUCCAUCUAUUUCAUGCAUUUGUAAUUACAUGACCCUGAGUACAUGCCUUUUGAUCUUUAUAUUCAUGAAUGUUCCGAGAGAUAAACUUUCAAUCAACGAUCAAACUCAAAAUUUCAUCCAACUGCUGUUGGAUAUCUUUAGAAUGAAUGCACAUGCUGUGGACGAUAGCGCAAUGCACGUGGAUUGGCUUUGUUAAGUUUUUAUGAGGUGGAUGUACACGUUAUGUAGACCAUACGGAGACCUGUUGUUUGUGAUACAUGUCUUUAGCUCCAUGAAUGUCCUCCCUACAUUUGUGAUCAUGCUUUUUAAUUUGAGAAAUGGCAAGAUGUAUUGUUUUAUGGCGUGAAAAUUGUCCUUAUUUCUUUUUAUUUUUUGUCUGUAUAGAACGAUCUUUGUUGAGAUCAUACGUUUGCUCACUCAAUGUGAUGAUAUGUUUGUGAAGGAGUGGAAUGCACAUGAAAUGUACAUAGAAUGGAAGAACGUUGUAAAUGAAGGAUUGAAAUGUGGUGUGCCAAAGUGAUGUUUUCCUAAGUGGAUUGCUUCAUGCGAGACACAAACCCCUCAAAGGCAGCAGUGUAUAGGAGCCUGAUGGUUCAGCGUAGUUCUGGGACAGCAUUGGUUCAGCUUGAGUUCUCAAAUCACUAGUCGUAGAGGCUAGCUGGUUCAGUUCUGCUCCAGUGAAGCAAGUAGCUUGUCUUAGUUCUAGUGAUUCACAGGUUCACGUUUUGAUUUUGUGACUCCAAUGCUCGGUUAUUUAAGUUUGUAGAUGGCUUUUUUAGUAAAUUUCUGUAUGUAUGUAGAUGGACAAGGCAAGGUAAUGUCAUAUUACAAAUUAAUUUUCUAACACAAGUUUGUUCCUAUGUUUUGUUUGAUUAUUGCGAAUAUAUUUUCAUGGCCAUUUCAGUUAGUAAAUAUAAAUUUUGAUAAUUUUUUAUUUCAAAUAUUCACAAAUCUACAUAUUUAAGGUAGUGCUCUAAGUUUAGUAAUUUUUUUCAACUUAAACAGAUGUUACUAUAUAGCUAUUUUACCAAAAGGUCUGAAAUUUCAUGUUCUAGUUAUUAUAAGCCAUUUGUGUUCCUGUAAAUUAUGUUCAUUUUAGAUUUUAUUUUAAAUCUGUUCAUGCAGAUUUUUAGUUUUAUGUUUAGCUUGCCUGUGUUGACUUUUAAUAAUGUUUAUAUUUUAUGUAGUCUUAUUCAAAUCUUUAUGUGUUCCAAUAUAUCGUGAAAUUCACAAGCUUGCAGCAAUGAAUGUGUUCACACCUUCUUUUCACCAAAGAAGAAAAACUUGUAUUAUAUUUUUUACCUGAUGUACUUUAAGAUGCAUUACAAAAGAGUGAGAAAAAAAAUUAAUAAAUAGUUUUCUUGA